AUGGCCCAACUGGCCUCGCAGUAUUACGCAUCUAGCCGCAAUCGCUCGUUCUCGGCCCCGAUCCAGCCGUCGGCUCUGGGCUCGGCCUGGAACUCCUUCUCAGACGACACGUCUGUGUCGGCCGCGGCCGCAGUGGCCGCCACGCAGCGCCACCGUCAGAUGCAGAUGCAGACCCAGAACUUGCUCCCCGUACAGCCGCCGCUCCCUCAGGGCCCGCCGCCGCCAGUGCUCAACAUCAUGGUGCCGCCACCUCCACCCAGUGACGAUGUGGCCGUUGGAGCCAUUGGCCAAGCUGUCCAAUCGCUGCAAGUAUCGAACGAGGAGAACAGCGAAGGCGGCCACAAUGGAGACAGUGACCUUGCGGGCGCCCCGCUACCGGCCACGUUCCUACGCACAAUUUGUGACCAAUUGGAGUACUACUUUUGCGACGAGAACCUGCUAGGCGACUUGUUUCUGCUGAAAAACAUGAACAUGGACGGAUACGUGAAGCUGGAGCUGCUGGCCUCGUUUGGCCGAGUGAAGAAGCUCACGACAGACAUGGAACAGAUCAAGAAGGCGCUGGAAUUGUCGACCAAACUGCUGCUCAAUGAAGACGAGACCAUGGUGUGUCGUAAAGAGCCGCUGGCCCCCAACCAGACGUACCACGGCAAGUUGGCCCGCACGGCCAUCGCGUAUAACUUGCCGGAAGACGCGUCUGUCGCGUCAUUACGUGAAACUUUCCAGGGAUGUGGCGAGAUUUCGUAUCUUCGUCUGCUGAAGCAGAACACGACCACGGGCCGUAACGCGGUGCUGAAGCCUCCCAUCGCGGCCGGCGAGACGUACGCCAUCAUUGAGUUUGUGGACGACGAGAUGACCAAGCACGCCGUAUUGACGCUGUCGGACCAGUACAACUGGCGCACAGGCAUGCAGGUGGUGCUCUUUGACGGCACGAACUGCGACAAGCUGAAGCAGAAGAUGUUCCCCGUGGAACUGGGUGGGGACCGUCGUCGGGCCAAGUCGGCCUCGGCCCUUACGCGGCCUGUGCACGUGGAGUCGGUCGGAGAAGGUCUGGACGGUCUACGUGAAGGCAAAGUGAACACGGGCACCGUGUAUUCGAUCCGUGGCGCCGGCGGACUUAUAACCCCCACGCGACAGGACUCGGCCUGUAUCUCGUUCCGUCUUAUCCCGGAUGAAGACGGCAAUGUGGACAUCAGACAGGGAGACUACGUGUCGUUUACAGUGGGGAAGAACAAGAAGAGUGGCCGCAAAUAUGCCAGUAAAGUCAAGCUGGAGUUCCGUCCGCCGGCCAAUCUAACGGGCGAUGCCAACAAUGCCGGCGGCCUCAGUGGCCUGGCCGCUAUGAGUGGAGGAGGCUCAUCAAGUGGAAAUGGGCCGAAGGAUUACUUCUCGCCGUCGCCGAGUCGAUGGGAGUCGCGUAGUCGUGCGGCCACAGUGGGCGCUCCCCCUCAGCCGGCGGCGUUCCGUACCCGUUCGUCAUCGUCGGGUACGCGGCCCAAGCUGAACUUGUCGUCGCCGCGAAUGGCCCAGUCUCCAGUACACAUUAACAGUCUGGGCGGCAACAUGUUGGCACCCCCUCCUGGCAUGGGAAUCAACGGCAGUACCCAAAUGUACCGCCAGGCCAUUGGGCCGGAUGGCACGCGGGGCUUUGGCUCCCGUCGUACCGGUGGAGAACCGCCGGAGAUGGCACCGGAACUCAAAUUUCCGGUCAUGGAGCGUCGGAGAUCGCGCUCGUCGGGUGGUGCCUGGUAG